GUGCGUCUUCCUAAUUUUCUUUAUCGUGGAUUUUCCUCAUAUUUUCCAGCAACUGAUUGACAAGGACUGUGAAAUAGAACACUUACUGUGACGAGACUCAUCCGACAGGAUGGACAACAGUCAACAACAGCAGCAGCAGCAGCAGCAACAACAAGCUGCACAACAGCAGCAACAGGCUCAGCAGCAGCAGGUGGCACAGCAGCAGCAGCAAGCCGCGCAGCAACAGCAACAGCUUCUUGUCAAUACUGCCAAUCUUCAACACCAAAUGCAGGUAGUGCAGGCUGCCGGUGGUGGCGGGAACGGUGGUCAGGAAGGCGGCCAGAUUCUGGAAGGGCAGGUCGUAUCUUCGGUCGCUUCCCCCCAGCAACAGCAGCAGACACUGCUUGUCAACACUGCCAACAUACAGCAUCAGAUGCAGACUGUUGGAAUGUCUACCCCUCAAAGCCCGCUUUGCUCUGCUGCUAAUACAAUAUCAACUAUGCAAGCACAAGGUACUAUGUCUCAGCAACCAGUUCAAGCUAAUACCCCUCAACCUCAGAUCCAGCAAGUCAGUGAUUGGAACACACAGCGGGUGCAGGUGCUCCAGCAGCCGGUACAGAACACUGCGUACGUCCAGCAGGUCUACAACGCCCAGGGACAAAUGCUCAUGUCAGGGAACAUUGCCCUACAUCCCGGACCCCCCAACAUGAAUCCUUCCAUACAGGUUAUCACUGCUGGUAAACCAUUUCAAUCAAACCAAAUUACUUCCCAUGUCCUUGGUAAACAAGUUCUUGGAACGCAACAAGCAUCGUUUCCCAGCUAUGCGACCAUCCCAACCACAACAAACCAAACUCUUGUUAUAGGCCAGCUGGGCGUUAUCAGCUCACAACCAUCCAUUUUACCUCAUUCACAGCAAAAGCAACAAGAUUUACAAAAGUACGUAACAGCAUGCCAAAACCGUGGUGUGACUGCGACCAGCAAUGGAGUCCAGUUGCCAUGGCAAUUCAAUCCGGCCCAACUUCCUCAGGUCUGGGCGACUACUCCGCAUCACCCGCAGGUUAUUACUGCCCAGAAUCCCAUCUUCAUACGUGGCCCGCACCAGGAACAGCAGAUGUUCAUACAGAGUCCGCCACCUCAACAGCAACAGCAGCAGCAGCAAGUGUCCCAGAAUGUUGCCAUGUCCAAGACUAGCAACGACAUGAAAGGUGGAUCACCUCAAGUGCAAGUUUCAAGGACACUGUCCAUCCUACCUUCAGUCGCUGCGCCCAUCAGGCCUGCCAGUGUCGCUCCUGUCUCUGCACAGAUUGUUCAAAAACAGCAGAAUAAAAUGAGGGCAAAAGCAGUUUUUACCAAAGCUAGCGUUCCUAUACAGAAACUUGAUGCCCAGAAUCAGACCAAACCUAUUUCACCACAACAUCCCAAGAUGAUCAUCACCAGCCAGGGGACGUUAAUGCCCCAGCAGAUGGUCCAGCCAUCGCAAGCCCAGGACAAGGUCCAUCAGGUGCAGUCAUCGCAGCAGGUCUUGCAGCCUAAACCUCCUCCCCUCAUGAGUAUAACCGUGCCUGCAGCUGCUCAAUCACCAAAAGAACAGGCAGCUACUAUCACAACAGUCGACCAGCAGUCUCUCGCCUCAGAGAAGCCUGUACUCGAGGCAACAGCCAUUUUGCAAGAAGCAGCUGAAGCCAUUCCAGUUGUCAUGGAUACUGAUAAAGUGGAAGUAGAGGAGGAACAGAUUGUCGCAGCAGAAGAGAAAUCUGGACCACCAAAAGCAAUGGUGAAACCCCAAGUCUUAACUCAUGUUAUCGAAGGAUAUGUUAUCCAGGAAUCUUCUGAGCCAUUUCCUAUCAAUAGGAACCAGGUAGUGGCACCAGACCUGACGGCCCACGUUCGCCCUGCGAUGGAUUCUUCAGAAGAACCACCACUUAAGAAAUCAAAGGAAAAAGAUGAAAAUGAUGGUAAAAAGGCGAAGUGUGAAAUGUGUGGAAUAAUUGAUCUCAGGGAGAAAUUCAGGAAAGGAAAGAAAUAUUGUUCUGCUCAGUGUGUGAAGAGAGCUAACCAGGCAAACAAAAAGGCUAAAACUGAAGAAGUUAAACAUGUCUUAAAGGAAGAUGAAAAUGAGAAGAAAGACUGGGAUACUAACACAGAUACCAACGAUUCGUCCAAUUCAGCCCCAGAGAAUAAUGAUGCUCGCUCGUCGAAUGUCUCCGGAGACCCUACAAACUGGGGGGUUGAAGAAGUUUGCGAGUUUAUCAAAACAUUACCAGGCUGCAGGGAGUAUGUCGAGGACUUUGCUUCUCAAGAGAUUGAUGGGCAAGCUCUACUGCUGCUCAAAGAGGACCACCUCAUGUCGGCCAUGUCGAUGAAGUUGGGACCUGCACUCAAAAUUUGUGCACGGAUUGAUGCAAUGCGCACAAAGCAUGAUUCUCAGCACUCUUAAGAUAAACGUGAUUGUUUAUUUUAAACUCUCAAAGGGACAUGUUUUAUUUAUUUUGUCAUUAAUUCAUGUGGUGUGUAUUUAUCAACUAAGUUGUUAAAUCUGAAGUCUGAAGGGACUUAACAGAAAACUUAUUUACGAUUUUCUCAAUUGGUUUGAAAAUGGUUGUUCAGGCACUCUAUUUUGUUACUAAUUAUUUAAUGAAAUACUUCUUCAGUGCUUUAAUAGUUACCCAAGUUUAGUUCUAAGUUCUCUUCUUUAUAAGCAAACACAUAGAAUUAUCACUUGUUUGUUGAAAUUUUGUUGGUUUUUUUAACUUCCAUUUCAGAUUAAAUGAAUUUUUAAGGAAUCUUGAUAAGAAAAAAAUACUUGAAACAACAAGGCACUGUAGAGCAUUUCAAUAAAAACAUUGAAGCAAUAGGAAUUCAAUCAUCAGGCAUUUAAAUUUAACAUCAUGAUCUAAAGAUGGUUGACCGUUGAUAUAACAUGAGAAGGAGUUGACCGCACCCCCCGAUCAACUCCUUCUCAUAUUAAAUUUUAACAUUGUUAUCGACUAAUAGCUUUUAUGAAGCUAGUUUUUGCAUUUUAAUCCAAGUCUGUAAUUUUUUUUUGUUCUAAAACAGGC